AUGGUGACAGGAAAGCAGAAUGGAAUAGAUUGUAUACUUACAGUAGUACAUGGCUUUAAUACAGUGGAAAAAAGGAAAGCGUUAUGGGAUCAAUUGAAAGCAAUGGCACCUAUAAUCAAUAAACAUUGGCUAAUUAGUGGGGACUUCAAUGCAAUCCUACACCCCAGUGAUAGGCUGUCUGGAAUAACUAUAUCAGUAGCUGAGUUAAAAGAUUUCUCUAAAUAUUGCAAUGCACUGCUUCUAAAUGAGAUUCCUUGGAAAGGGGAAUAUUACACUUGGACAAACAAACAGAGAGGGAAUGAUAGAGUGUGUAGCAGGAUUGAUAAGGUAAUUGCCAAUGAUGAAUGGAUGCUUCAAUGUGGGCACUUGACUGCAGUAUAUGGAGAACUCUUCAUAUCUGAUCACACACCCCUUCUCAUCCCAAUGAGAGAAGCAAGAAGAAACAUCAAAGUUCCUUUCAAGUUCUUCAAUGAUCCUGAAGCUAUCAAAGAAGAAUUUGUUAGCUUUUACAAAUACUUGAUGGAAACUGCAGCAUCAAAACUACCAGCAGUGAAUAUAUUGGUAAUGAGAAAUUUCCCUUGCUUAUCACAUACUCAACAGCUAGAGCUUUGUGCCCCAAUUACAGAGGAGGAAAUCUAUGAAGGAUUAAGCUCAAUUGGAGAUGAUAAGGCUCCAGGAAUUGAUGACUUUAAUGUUGUCUUUUUCAAGCAGACAUGGUGCAUUGUUAAGAAUGAAGUUUAUGAAGCUGUCCAAGAUCUUUUCACCACAGGAACCUUGUAUAAAGCUAUAAACUGCACUACACUUACUCUAGUGCCUAAGGUUCCAAAUCCAGAUACAGUCAAAGACUAUGGGCCUAUAGCUUCAUGUACAGUGUUAUACAAGAUUACUGCUAAGGUCAUCACCAGCAGGUUACAGAAAGUUAUGGCCUACAUCAUCUUAGAGGCUCGGGCAGGGUUUAUUCCAGGAAGGAAAAUAGCAGACAACAUCAUUCUGGCACAUGAACUUAUCAAAUCCUAUGGUAGAAAGCAUAUCUCCCUCAGAUGUAUGAUAAAGGUAGAUCUACAAAAAGCUUAUGACUCAUUGGAGUGGAUCUACCUAGAGCAAGUUAUGGAAGGACUGAGGUUUUUAGAAAAGUUCAUCAAAUGGGUAAUGAACUGUAUCAAAACAGUUAAUUACUCUAUUAUACUCAAUGGAGAAUCAGUUGCACCAUUUAAUGCAGCCAAAGGCUUGAUACAAGGAGAUCCUAUGUCUCAUUUUCUCUUUGCCAUUGCUAUUGAGUACUUGAGUCGGCUACUUAAAGACCUACAACAUGAGAAAAGCUAUAAAUUCCAUCCAAGGUGUAGAAGGCUAGGGAUCACUCACCUAAGCUUUGUUGAUGAUCUGUUGUUGUUUGCCAGAGGAGACAGUGAAUAUGUAGAGAGACUUCAUGCAUGUUUUACUACUUUCUCAGCAGCCUCAGGCUUGCAAGCUAACUUAACCAAAAGUGCAGUCUAUUGUGGAGGAAUGGCACAUAGGGAGAAAGAGGCUAUAGUUCAACAGCUAGCUAAGGUUAUACAAAUAGUUGAAACCCAUUGCAGAAGCUCCCUAUGGUCUGGGAGUGAUACAAUUACAAAGAAGGCCCUUAUUACUUGGGAGAAGAUCUGCCUGCCUAAGUCUACUCGAGGACUUAACUUGCAUAAUCUCCAAGUAUGGAACAAUGCUGCAAUUGCAAAGACACACUGGGAUUUGACUCAUAAGCAGGAUAAACUUUGGAUAAAAUGGAUCCAUGCCUACUACAUCAAGGAUCAGAGUUUGGGAACUAUGACCAUUCCACAAACCUCUAGUUGGAUGGACAGACUUCUAACAGUGGAUAGAUUACUGAGAUGGGGCCUUAAUGUACAAGCUGUAUGUGCAAUGUGUCAAGCUCACAAUGAAACAAGAAAUCAUUUAUUUGCUGAAUGCAGAUAUGCUGAGGCAAUUUGGAACAAAGUCAGCAAGUGGGCGCAACAACAAUUCUAUGGUGGCAGUAACUAG